GCCGGGACGCCGGCGGCCGCCGGCCCCGCUCCGCCGCUCCCCGACCCCACCGGAGCCGCCGCCGGGACCAUGGAGGUCGUGGAGGCCAGCACGCUUCAGCAGGAGAGGCUGCAGGCCAUCGCCGAGAAGCGGAAGCGUCAGACGGAGAUCGAGAACAAAAGGCGGCAGCUGGAGGAUGACAGGAGGCAGCUGCAGCAUCUCAAGUCCAAGGCUCUGCGGGAGAGAUGGCUCCUGGAGGGAGCCCCAGCUUCUGCCUCCGAGGAGGAAGAGGCCAUGAAGAAACAGAUGCAGGAGGAUGAGGUGAAGACCAAGGAGCUGGAGGAAACCAUCCAGAGGCUGGAGAAGGAGCUGGAGAUGCUGGAGAACAGCAGCUCAGUGGCUUCCACCAAGGAGAACCUGGCAGAGGCAGCAGCCAAGGAGGAGAAGAAGGCUGAGGCUGUCCCCAACACGCAGAAGAGUCCCCUGGGCACAGUUAAGGCUGACAAGAGGCUCUCCAGCAGCCCCAUGAAGGCAGUGGAAGGCAGUGAGAUGAUGAAGGCGGCCAUGUACUCGGUGGAGAUCACCGUGGAGAAGGACAGAGUGACUGGGGAGACCAAGGUCCUGUCCAGCACCACCAUGCUGCCCCAGAACCACUGCCUGCAGGGGGUCAAGGUGUACGAGGAUGAGCUGAAAGUGGUGCACGCCGUGAGCGCCGAGGACGGCGCCCUGCAGAACGGGGCGCACCCCCUGAGCUCCUCCGAGGUCGAUGAGCUCCUGCACAAGGCGGAUGAGGCCACCCUGAGCGAGGCCGGAGGGCGGCAGACCCCGGCCAAGGGCGGCACGGGCAGCCAGAAGGCGACGCCCAGGCGGGAGAUCACGGGGCUGCAAGCCAAGGUGCCACCGGGCGAGGGGACAGAGGGCAGCCAGGAGCAGCAGCCCGUCACCAUGAUCUUCAUGGGCUACCAGAACGUGGAGGAUGAGAACGAGACCAAGAAGGUGCUGGGGCUGGAGGGCACCAUCAAGGCGGAGCUGGUGGUGAUCGAGGAUGCCGAGGGCAAGGCGGAGCCGGCUCUCAAGGACCACACGCCGCCCAACGGCACCGCCCUGGAGCCGGCGGCCGCGCAGCCCCUGGGCGAGGAGGGCUCGGCAGGGCAGGGCGCCAACGCCACAGAUGCCAAGGAGGCCGAGCAGGAGACAGACGUGAAGAAGCAGCGCUGCAAGUGCUGCACGGUGAUGUGAGCCCCACGCCGAGCCCCCUUUCCCCCAUCCCACCGGACACCGGCCCCUCUUUCUGCACAACCGGGGAGAUCCAGCGCGGUGCCAACAGCGGGGAUGCCCGCCCCGCGUGCCCGGUGCCAGCCCCGUGCCGCCCCCACCAGCGCUGCCUGUGGUAUUUAUUAGUGCCCCCCCUCGCCCCACGGUGCGCCCAACCCGUCCCCACCACAGCCCCUCUGUCACCGACACCGUCCCGCCGCCGUCGGAGGAUGGAGCCGCCGGGCAGGGGAUCGGAGGACGUCGCUGUGUCCGUGGAUGACUCCCCGGGAGCCAGCAGCCCACGGUGGGCACCGGAGCCAGCCCCGUGCCAGCCCCGUGCCAGCCCCGUGCCAGCCCCUCCCUCCGUGCCUCCAUCAUCCAGCAGGGCCGGGUUUGGCUCUGUUGGCCGCCGGCUGCCCCUGGACGUCUCUGCUCCAUCUCCUCAUCCCCGCGCUCCCCAAGGCCUCCAGGGCAGGGCGUGUGCAGGGCACGGAGGACAGCGUCCAUCAUCCCUGCCUGGCACUGGGCUGUGCUGAUGGCCAGAGCCACCUGGGGCUCCUGCAGGGCCUGCUCUGCUCCUCCUGGGCUCAGCUCCACGUCUUGGAGGCCUCACUGUGCCAGCUGAGGGGACUGAACUGUGCCAGCGAGGGAAGGGCAUGGAGGGCAGCGCCCAUCCCUCCCUGGUACCCGGCUGUGCUGAUGGCCAGAGCCACGUGGGGGUGGCUGACCCCAUCCUGCAGGGUCAGCCCAGGCUGUCCCCAAGCCUGCUCUGCUCCUCCUGGGCUCUGCUCCACGUCUUGGAGCCCUCACUGUGCCAGCUGAGGGGGCUGAACUGUGCCCGUGUCCCCCUGGGGCAGCUUGGGGGGCUCAGCCCCGUGGGGCAGGAGUGGGGUGGGGGUCCUGUGGUUCCUCGUGGCAGCAGCAGGGUGGCCCAGCAUCCUCUUCUCCUGCUCCCUUCCUUUCUCUGCCCCUCAGCAGCUCUGCAGAGCCACGUUCUGGGCUCCUGGGCUGCAGCUUUGGGGCUCCCCAGGCUGGGGGAAUCCCCAGUUCACCCCAAAUUUAGGCACUGGGAGCUGCCAGGGGUCUGGUGUCCCACAGAGGGCAGCCUAACCCUGCACCCCAGCCCUUCAGUGGGGAUUUCACCACCAGCACCAGCGUUUCCUCCCCACUGAGACCAGCUGGGGCAGGCAGGGGGGCCCCCAUGGUGCCCAGUGCCCACAUCAGCUGCCCCUGAGCUCUCCAGGAGCUUUGGGCAGGCUGCAGUCAGGUGAGGGAUCCUUUUCCAAGUGUGAGAGGCUUCCUUCUGCCCAGGGAUCCCCCAAAAUGUGUGUGGGGCAGCGCCCAAGCUGCCCAGCCCACCAGGACGCCGCUGGUUGAGCAGCCAGGAAUGGGGCUCAGCUCCCCCAAGGAUGGGCCUUUCCUUCCCCCAUACUCCCCCCGUGUGAGCAGUGCCACCCCCUGUCCCCCUGCCAUCCCUGCUGUCCCCCAGGUGCCACCCAGGCUGCAGUUUUGCCCCCAUUGGAGUCACUGCAGGGCUCAGGGGGUGCCAGCCCUGUCCUGAGCCCUGGCCGGGCACCCACAGCCCCUGGGAGAGGCAGGGCUGGGUUAGAGGGGUUUGGGGGGGCACUGCCAGGGCAAGGGGGCCUCUCCUGCCUGCCCAUCCUCUGCUGGGCAUCGCUGGAGCCCCAUUGCUGCAGAGCAGGGCCCGGGUGUCCCCGCAGUCCUGGGGGCAAUGUCACCUCUUGCCACCCCACAGCAGGGGCCAGCACCACCCACCCAUCCCAGCCGGGCCCUGCAAUGCCCCCAGCCCCAGUCUGGGGCUCUCUCCCCACCCUUGGCACCCCCUGCCCCUCGGUUGGCUCUGACCCCCAGCCCAGUCUGGCCCUGGGGGCGGUGGGGGGCAGGAGCAGCCCCCGGGCGGGGCGUGGGGUGUGACAGGAGCGGCUGCUGGGCCCGGCACCGUCCCCACCCCGCCCCACAGCCCCUCCGUCCCCUCCCAGCUCUGCUGAAGUGCACUUCCCGUGCCCCUGAGCUUUUCACUUGUGCCGAAGCCGUUUGAAUUCCUUUCCCUUUGCCAUCCCAUCCCAUCCACCCCGUUGUUUGUAAAACACCCAAAAACGAGCAAAUAAAACUGUGUGAACAA